AUGUGCCCGACAGAUAACCGGUUGGCGUUUACAGUUUAUAUGCUGAGCGGAGAGGCUGAACAUUGGUGGAUUAGCAUGAAGUCCAUCAUGGAGGAGCGAGGCGAGCCUGUGACUUGGGAGGCAUUCAGGGGGAGAUUCCUCUCCGAGUACUUGCUAGACAGCGUCAAAUAUGCCAAGGAGGUGGAAUUCCUCCAACUCACACAGGGAGGGAAGUCAGUAGCUGACUAUGCUGAUAAAUUCAAGCACCUCAGCCGCUUCUAUACCUUGCCGCUCGAUGAGGAGUGGAGAUGCCGAAAAUUUGAGAACGGCCUCAUGGGAGACAUUCGCUUGAUGCCUCAGAGGAUUGGUGGGCCAUCUGGGUCCAAGCCCAAACAUGACGAGCGGAGGAGACCAUACGACAGACCUCACCAUCAGCCUCAGGGGCCCAGGGGUCUUUUCCCCCAGCAGGGUAGAGUCCAGUGCUAUAUAUGUGGAGCAGCACGCCCUCCAGUUCAGGCUUCUCACCAGCACCAGCGGAGAGAUAGAGGCAAUAGGCCACAGGCGACAGGCAGGGUAUAUGCCAUGACCGGAGCAGAGGCUGCAGGCUCAGGUAAUCUUGUUAUGGGUCGAUGCAUGAUAACGGGUGAAUCUUUGUGUGUACUGUUUGAUUAUGGAGUGACACACUCAUUUGUGUCAAUUACUUGUGUGGAGCGUUUGGGUCUGCCGGUGCGUGAGCUACAGUGUGAAAUUGCAGUAUCUACCCCGGCGUCGGGUCUGGUCAGGAUGUCGUCCUUGUGUGCUAGGCUUCUAGUAGAGGUGGAGGGACGCAAGUACAAGGUACUAAGGUUGCCUCCCAGUAGAGAGGUGGAGUUCUCCAUUGACCUGGUUCUAGGAACGGGCCCGGUGUCGAUGGCUCCAUAUCGUAUGGCUCCGGCGAAAUUAGUGGAACUUAAGAAACAGAUAGAAAAGCUGAUGGAGAAAUAG